AUGGCAUCUCCCCUCGCAGCGAACAAUGCGUUCGGCGCGGGUAGCCCCCAUUGGAACCUCCCCUUUCCGGCUGGCAACAUUACGGCAGCCGAGCUCAUGGCCUAUCUCCCCCACUGGCUGAAGAGCAUCGAUGUCAUCGACCGCUUCGUUACCAAUGGUGGAAAAUCUGUCUCCAUCGCCGCAUUAAUCAACGAGUUCAGGAACCUGCCCGGUGACGGCGUGUUCCGCCCAAACUCUGCCACAGUCAUGAUGUCUUACGGCAUGCGUCGAGCCAAGUUCCAUGACUGGACAGUGGCGACACACUUCAAGUUCAAGCGGCCGGACCCCAAAAUGCUCGAGAAAGACCUUAACGUAGAAGACUUUCGAGCACCGCGGGAGACUCACCCUAAGAGUGCCCCUUCAGGAGUAGCAUCAACCAAUUUUAAACAGAACAGGGAGGCAGAUCCGAUUGAGUUUCAGUCCCUUGCUCGGCACGUUAAGACCCAUCCGGCCGGGGACGAUGCCCUCGAUCUUGCGCGCUGUGUAGCUUACGCACUCUCUCACCCGUCCGAGAAAUGGUACUUUCCCACGGACUUUGAGGCCAUGGUGAAUAAGCUUGGCGGACCCGCACCGGUUACCAACGCUCACCACGAUCGACAAAUCUUCGCCCGCCGCACAGGGUUCACUAGCGGUUCUUACGCGCCAGCGUCGGGUUCACCAUUGAAGCGUAUGAUGGGUACAGACGGUACGGUUGAGCCUGGCGGUCGGAGGAAGAGCGGAAGGCUGGCGAAGAAGGCCACUGUUAACUUUCGAGACCACGGCUCGGACUUUGAGGACAACGACGAUGUCGCAUCCCCUCCAUCUGGCUAUUCCACUCCAGCAAAGCGCCGUAGACUUGCCGGACUGCCGCCCGUUCGCGCAUCGCCUCUCAACGAUAGCGACUUCCACCAGGGCGACUCCGAGUCUGACGAGGAGAUCCCAGACGCCGAGGUGGUCAGCGAAGAUGAACUCGUCUCACCCAUCAAAGGCGCUCGUGGUCGGGCCGCCGCUCUCAAGGCGCGCGAGGUUAUCCGCGACAUCACUUCUGAGACUCAGCGCAACAUCGACGUUCUCGCCAAACAGAAGGUCAACACGACAAUCUCACCCAACAAGCCCAGCAUGUACUCUGCUCCCGUGACCAGGCCAGAAGUUGAAGUCAGCCCCGAGAUGAUGGAUCUGGCACGCGCCUUCCCCUUCGGCAAGCCUGUCUUCCUCAAGCCGCCCGUUCUGUCCGAGAAUCGUCUCCGCGUCGACUCAUCCUCGAUCUACCUGUAUGCUGCCGACGGAGCUAUCACUUCGCAGGACAUGUGGGCUAGCGCCCUGUCUUCCACCCGCUUCAACGGUCCGCGUCGUCACGCGCCUUUCCGUGAGUUGCACCGCUUGACCGACCCGAUGCCGAUGGAUGUCAGCGACUGGGCCGAGAACAUCCGCUGGGCCAAGGAGCAGUAUGCUCUCUACGGUAGCAAUACGUGGACUGAGUACGAUUACCACCUUCAGCUCAUCACAGAGCACCGUAGGGCGGUCUUCUGGGUCAGCGACCAGCUUAUCUCCUUCGGUUGA